CUUGAGUUGAUUUUGAAAAUACAUACUUUUGUAUUGAUACCCACCUCAAUCGCGAUAUUAUCCAAGUACAUACAAUGACCAACGAAGCCGACAUCAAAGCAGCAAUCCUCGAUUGCGCCUCCGAGAAUUCCUCCCUCCUCGUAAAACUCUCCUCAACAAGCACAGCACCCAGUCUUCUCGUCGGCCACGAAAAACACCUCACAGCCUUAAAAGCAAACUUAUCAGAGCACACCGUGAUCCUGCAAAAGCUCAAAGACGAUGUCGACUCCAAGUUCAAACGCCACAGGAAACUCCGCGACUCCACCACUCGCCGCUUUAUCUAUCGUGCAACAAACAUGCUCGCGAAAUUUGACGCCAAGGCCAUGAAAGAAGAGAGAGAAUACUUCGAUCUGCUGAAUGAGCAAAGUAAAGCUGAGAAGAGAAGGUUGUUGUUGCAGCGAGAUUAUAACGAGGCUGUUGAGAAACAGGAACUACUGGAGAGGGAAGUGCAAGAACAUGCGAAGACACAUGCAAGGAUUGAUGAGUUGUAUGAGCGGUUAUUUGCUGGCCCGACGCCGGGAUUUCCGAGAGAGGAUGAGAGGGAGCAUAGAUUUUACGCAGCGAGGAGGAAGAAUGAGACCAUCAAAGAAGCGAUUCGAUCAGCAAGACAGGUUAGGAGGAUUUUGGCAGUUUCACAGGGACAUGUCAAGCAAGCUAAGAUUGCUUUGAGGAAUGCGGAUCAGAAGGCUGUGGAUAGUGUCUUCUUCUUGGAUGAUGCUUUUGCUCGCCUGCGCCGGGGAAACGAACUGAUCAUAGAUGCGAUCAACUCGACGGGUCGAAUUGAAGAAUAUCUUGCUCCUUUCUUGGAGAUGGUCGCUGUGAAGGUGGAGGCGUAUUCUUAUCUCAAGGCUUCGAAGUCAGUCGUCGAUACGGCGUUCACUCGCGAGAAGAUCGUGGCAGCAGUUGCAUCUGCUCUGGCGAGCUUGUCGAAAGCCGAGGAGGCGCUUGAGAGACUUGCUACCCUGACGAAGCAAAGGGAAGAGAAGUCGCUUGAGAAUAUUAAGGGAACUGCGAGGCAGGUGGAAGAUUCAAGACAAGAGUUGGAGCAGUUUAGAAAGAGUAUUUUCGAAAGAGUGGCUGGGUUUGGAGAAGCUGCUCCUGCUUAUACCGAGUGCUGUGAUAGAACGGAGGGAUUUUGUGAGGUUUCUGAAGAAGCUGAAGAGGAGGAUAAUUAUACUGAGGAGAGGGACGCUCCAAUUGAGGAGCUUGUUGCUCCUGUUCCAGAUCCGGAAGUCAACUCAACCAGAGCCGCAUUACCCGAUCACGAGAACGCAGAAGUUACUUCCCAAUUGAGUGUAGAGAUACCCUUGAAACGAAAAGAUGACUGAAUGACAAGCGAAUAUCUAAUUUGAAGUAGAACAAGUUUCUUUAAUUAGAGGUUGCU